CCAUGUCAAAUGACCAAGAAAAAGAGAAAAAAAAAAAAAGCCAAAUAAAAUUAUCAAAAUCCUUAAAUUCAAAAGCCCCAUUCUUCAUCCAUCGUGAUUAUCUCACUUGCAAACAGAAAAUCAUCAGAUCUUCGUGCAUAAAUUUUGAUCAGCCUUUUGUUGCCAUUGUUCCUCCGUCCUCUGCCGCACGAAUCUCUCUCUCAGUUUUAGAGGUGCCAAUUUUGAUGUUUUAGAGCUGAAUUGAAACUGAUUGAAACCUAUAAGAUGGAUUCAGGCGGUAAAGUUUUUACUGUCGAUCUUCUUGAACGAUUUGCUGCUAAGGGACAUGGUGUUGUUACUUGUAUGGCUGCUGGUAAUGAUGUAACCGUUUGGGGAACUAGUAAAGGCUGGAUGAUCCGUCAUGAUUUUGGACUCGGAGAUUCUUAUGGUAUUGAUCUUGCUGGUGGUCGAACUGGGGAUCAGUCUAUUCACAGAGUUUUUGUUGAUCCUGGUGGGAGCCACUGUAUUGCAACAGUUGUUGGCGAUGGAGGUGCCGAAACAUUCUAUAUACAUGCUAAGUGGAACAAACCCCGUGUCUUGAGUAAAUUGAAAGGCCUUGUCGUGAAUGCUGUUGCGUGGAAUAGACAGCACAUAACCGAAGCCUCAACCAAGGAAAUCAUUCUUGGUACUGGUAACGGUCAGCUUUAUGAGAUGGCCGUGGACGAGAAAGAUAAAAGGGAGAAGUACAUAAAGCUCCUCUAUGAACUUACAGAGCUUCCAGAAGCUUUUAUGGGUAUACAGAUGGAAACAGCUAGCAUUAGCACAGGGACUAGGUAUUAUGUGAUGGCAGUAACUCCAAGGCGACUUUACUCUUAUACAGGGAUUGGUUCAUUGGAGAGUGUCUUUGCAAAUUACCAAGACCGAGCUGUGCGCUUUAUGGAGCUCCCUGGUGAAAAUGUCAAUAGUGAAUUGCAUUUUUUUAUAAAGCAUAAAAGAGCAGUGCAUUUUGCAUGGCUUUCUGGAGCUGGAAUUUACCAUGGUGACCUGAACUUUGGAGCAAGCCAUAGUUCCCAGGAUGGUGAUGAAAAUUUUGUGGAGAACAAGGCCUUACUGGAUUAUGCGAAGUUAUUUGAUGGUGCUGAAGCAAUUAAACCUAGUUCUCUUGCGAUCUCUGAAUUUCAUUUUUUGCUUCUUGUUGGCAAUAAAGUUAAGGUUGUGAACCGAACCAGUGAACAAAUCAUAGAGGAGCUUCAUUUUGAUCUGACAUCAGAGUCAUCAUCAAAGGGUAUUUUAGGCCUUUGUAGUGAUGCUUCUGCUGGUCUGUUUUAUGCAUAUGAUCAGAAUUCUAUCUUCCAGGUUUCUGUCAAUGAUGAAGGUCGGUAUAUGUGGAAAGUUUACUUGGACAUGAAGGAGUAUGCAGCAGCUUUAGCACAUUGUCGUGACUCUUUGCAAAGAGAUCAAGUUUAUCUAGCACAGGCUGAAGCUGCUUUCUCCUCCAAGGAUUUUCUGAGAGCUGCAUCUUUCUUUGCAAAGAUCAACUACAUACUUUCUUUUGAAGAAAUCACUUUGAAGUUUAUUAGUGCAAAUGAACAGGAUGCUUUGAGGACCUUCUUGUUAUGGAAGCUGGACAGUCUUUCAAAAGAUGAUAAAUGCCAAAUAACAAUGAUUGCCACGUGGACAACUGAACUAUAUUUGGAUAAGAUAAACCGGCUUCUGUUGGAAGAUGAUACUUCAGGUGAUCAUAAUUCUGAGUAUCGGUCACUUAUUAAAGAGUUCUGUGCCUUUUUGAGUGAUUCUAAGGAUGUUUUGGAUGAAGCUACCACAUUGAAGUUAUUGGAGAGCUAUGGUAGGGCGGACGAAUUGGUGUUCUUUGCUAGUUUGAAGGGCGAGUAUGAGAUUGUAAUUCACCAUUAUAUUCAGCAAGGAGAAGCAAAGAAAGCCUUGGAAGUUCUUGAAAAGCCUGGUGUUUCCUCACAUCUGCAGUACAAAUUUGCUCCGGACCUUAUUAUGCUUGAUGCUUAUGAAACUGUUGAAUCAUGGAUGAUAAGGAAAGAUCUUAAUCCAAGGAAGUUGAUUCCUGCAAUGAUGCGUUAUUCAAGUGAACCACAUGCAAAGAAUGAGACUCAUCAAGUGAUCAGAUACUUGGAGCACUGUGUUCAUAAUUUGAAUAACGAGGACCCUGGGGUUCAUAACUUGUUGCUUUCUUUGUAUGCUAAACAGGAGGAUGAUGGUGCUCUCCUGCGUUUUCUGCAAUCCAAGUUUAACAAAGGAAAGGAAAAUGGCCCGGAAUUCUUUUAUGACCCUAAAUAUGCAUUACGUCUUUGCCUUAAGCAGAAAAGGAUGCGGGCCUGUGUUCACAUUUACAGUAUGAUGUCUAUGCAUGAAGAAGCUGUUGCUCUGGCUUUACAGGUUGACCCAGAGCUUGCAAUGGCUGAAGCUGACAAGGUUGAAGAUGAUGAAGAAUUGCGAAAGAAACUUUGGCUCAUGAUUGCGAAGCAUGUUGUUGAGCAAGAAAAGGGAACUAAGAGGGAGAAUAUACGGAGGGCAAUUGCUUUCUUGAAGGAAACAGAUGGCCUGUUGAAAAUCGAGGAUAUUUUACCAUUCUUUCCAGACUUUGCUUUAAUUGAUGAUUUCAGGGAGGCAAUUUGCUCAUCACUUGAGGAUUACAACAAGCAAAUUGAACUUCUAAAAGAGGAGAUGAAUGAUGCAACUCGUGGAGCAGAUAACAUAAGGAAUGAUAUCGGUGCUCUUGCUCAGAGAUAUGCAAUCAUUGAGCGUGAUGAAGAUUGUGGGGUUUGCCGAAGACGAAUCUUAAAUUUAGCUGCAGAUGCUGGGAUCUCAAGGGGUUAUGCAUCUGUUGGGCCUAUGGCUCCUUUCUAUGUUUUCCCAUGUGGUCAUGCUUUUCAUGCACAAUGUCUGAUUGCCCAUAUUACACGGUGUACUAAUCCAGAACAAGCUGAGCAUAUACUUGAUCUUCAAAAGCAGCUGACUUUGGUGACUGGUGAAACGAGAAGAGGUUCAGACAGUAGCGUAACUGUUCCUGAACCUGUUACUAGUUUAAAUCAAGUCGAUAAGGUCCGUGCUCAAUUGGAUGAUGCAAUUGCUAGUGAAUGCCCGUUUUGUGGUGAGUUGAUGAUCCAGGAGAUUUCUUUACCCUUCAUUCUACUUGAAGAAGAACAAGAGGUUGAUUCUUGGGAGAUAACAUCUCACAAUUCCAUCAACCAGAAAAGCAUUCCUUUGUCUGUGUAAAUUAUUGUGAAUGGUGUGUUGCUCCUUUCGACAUUGCUCAUGAACAUCAAGCUUUGAAUUUCUCAGAAUCGUUAACUUGUGUUUAAUUCUUUUCAUUUAGGAAAUGUGAUAUAAAAAUAAACUUACGAAAUUAA